UUGUCUUACGCCCAAUCGCGUUAGGGCUAAGCACACAGCCGAUGCGGAUUGGGUUGCACACCCCGUCCCUCAGCUGAGCGGAAGCAGCAGCAGCACUGUUAACAGAAGGCUGCUGGGAAUAGCAGACAUGAAUUCCCUGGAACAGGCCGAAGACCUGAAGGCUUUUGAGAGAAGAUUGACAGAAUAUGUCUCCUGUUUGCAACCCGCAACAGGCAGGUGGAGAAUGAUUCUGAUAGUGGUGUCUGUAUGUACGGCUACCGGAGCUUGGAACUGGUUAAUAGACCCCGAUACACAGAAGGUCUCUUUCUUUUCAUCACUGUGGAACCAUCCCUUCUUCACCAUCAGCUGCAUCACUCUUAUAGCUCUCUUCUUUGCUGGGAUACACAAGCGAGUUGUGGCACCAUCAAUUAUUGCAGCCCGCUGCCGCACAGUUUUAGCAGAAUACAACAUGUCCUGUGAUGACACGGGGAAACUUAUUCUCAAGCCACGACCAAACAUCCAAUAAUCACAAACUUCUGUGGGUAUGUCGGACAGUGUACUGGAUCUUUGCAGAUAGUGACUAGCCACUCAGUGUAUUGGAUCCUUUGGGUGGUCUGGCCAGCACAGAAGCACAUCUUGUCAUCAUGACGAGAAGAGAGAAGAAAUGAACUGAUCAGUCCUUUUAACAGUGUUGCUGUGCUGAUGUCACUAUUGAUGCUGCUGAUCUGCUCUCACAGUGUGAUUUAUUUUACUCAUUCAGUGUGAGUUCAGAUGUGUUUAUUUCUGUUUCUAAUGUUGAGCAUGUAUUUUAUCAAAAUGUUUCUAUUUUUAAUGUUAUUUACCUAAUAAAUACUUGAACAUA